AUGCCUCCCAAAACCAAGAAGCGCGUCACCAAGGCUGAUGACUACGACUCCGAUGGCGGUUUCGUCGAAGAUGCUCCUCAGUCCAAACGCGCCAAAACGGCAAUCUCCAAAGACAAGCAAGUUGAUGAGGAUGGCAACCCUUACUGGGAGAAAGUCGCAGCCGAGCCUGAGCCGGCCGAUGACGAACCAGAGACAAACACCGCUUCUUCCACAAGCAAGCUCGACAGAUUCAAGUAUGAGAAGAAGAAUCACGAAGCUACAAGCGAUGAGGAAGACUGA